UCUCUCACCACCACCAUCAUCACGGUCAACAAGGCUCCCUUCUACAUGUCGCCAUCGACAGCAAAGAGCAGGAAGCGGGGAAAUUCCUUCACAGUCAUUACCAAUCGAAUCGAACACGAUCCUGCCCACCACCUUGUCGGCCCCUUUAUGCCUCAGACACCGUUGGGCAGCUUGACGCCUGUGGAGGAACGAAGUGCAUCACCGUUUCGGGGCGGCCCGUUUUCACGCCCACCUGUGUCCCCAUGGCUGCGAUGGGCAAUUGAACCAGUGGAAGCAUUCAAGCUACUCAUCGCUCCUGUGGUGUUGUACGUGAACUGGGAAGUGUUGGCCCCAUGGCUAGGAAAGUCCCUGGAGCCUAUUCUUUCCCACAUUCUUGGGCCAUACCCUGAUACCCAAAGUGCAAAUCCUUUCAGCGUCUUCUUCCUUCUGUCGCAUUAUAUUCCUACCUCAUCACUUGACGACCCGCGAUACCAAAAAGGCUGGUUUGACCUAGUCUUCAUUGCUUAUCACAUCGUUUUCUGGUCCAUGGUUCGCCAAUUUGUCACAGUCAGCAUCUGUCGACCUAUCGCUAAAUACUACGGUAUUCGCAAAGAAGGUAAACUCGACCGUUUCGGUGAACAGGGGUAUGCGGUGUUCUACUUCUUCAUCAUGGGGUGCUGGGGCUCGCGCAUCAUGUACCAACUGCCAACAUGGUGGUACCGAACGGAAUACUUCUGGAUUGACUACCCCCACUGGGACAUGGUACCGGAACUGAAGCGUUACUAUCUCAUGCAGAUGGCGUAUUGGUCUCAACAACUACUCGUUAUGCUUCUAAAAUUCGAGAAGCCGCGCAAAGAUUACAACGAAUUAGUAGCGCACCACAUCGUCACCAUCUGGCUUGUUGGAUGGAGCUACCUCGUUAACCUCACCCUAAUCGGUAAUGCUGUUUACAUGAGUAUGGAUAUUCCAGACGCAUCGUUAGCUUUCUCGAAGCUACUCAAUUACAUCCAGUGGGAGCGGGCCAAGAUCUUUUCUUUCGCUCUUUUCAUUGGCAUCUGGACGUACUUCCGACAUUUCUUGAAUCUAAUAAUCCUGUAUUCGGUAUGGACCGAAUUCGACCUUAUUCCUGAGCAUUCAAGAGUAUGGGAACCCUCGGAGGGCGUUUGGUUGACUUGGUGGAUGAAGUAUCAGAUCUUUGUACCCAUUGCACUGCUUCAGCUUCUCAAUCUCUUCUGGUACUAUCUGAUCAUGCGCGUUCUAUACAGGGCUGUCAUGACAUCAGUGACCGACGAUGUGCGUUCCGAUGAUGAGGACGAUGGCGAAGAUGGCGGUAAAGAUACCAAGGAGGAUUAAUUUAUUUCGGAUCUUGCAUCCAGUAGUCUGCGACGCGACGCUGGUAAUUCCAAAAAACAAUUGAACUGGUACAUGGUUACUUACAUACAACGGGUAAAAUACAAAGAUAUUUGUCAAGAUACGGAUUCAGUUGUCAAACCUUAGUAGAAAUCGGAGUCGCUGUCCUCCUCUUCU